AUGCUAUAUGAGUAUACAUCUGCCUUGACACACGAUGCAAUACUGGUCAUAGCAGAAACUUUUCGCUAGUUGAGGCGGCCGCGAGUGGAUGUGUCCCGGAGAGGCAGAGCUGGAGACUGUCUAGCAAAUGCUGCUGUGCCCUGGAGUCAAGGCAUUGAUAUUGAGAGAGCGCUGAAAAUGGUGCAAGUACAAGGAAUGACUGGAAACAUCCAAUUUGAUACUUAUGGACGUAGGACAAAUUAUACCAUUGAUGUGUAUGAAAUGAAAGUCACUGGCUCUCGAAAAGCUGGCUACUGGAAUGAAUACGAAAGGUUUGUGCCUUUCUCAGAUCAACAAAGCAGCAAUGACAGUGCAUCAGCAGAGAAUCGGACCAUAGUGGUGACUACCAUUCUGGAAUCACCAUAUGUAAUGUAUAAGAAGAACCGUGAGCAAUUGGAAGGAAAUGAACGAUAUGAGUGCUAUUGUGUUGACUUAGCCUAUGAAAUCGCCAAACAUGUAAGGUUCAAAUACAAAUUGCCCAUUGUCGGCGACGGGAAAUAUGGCGCCAGGGAUCCAGAGACUAAAAUAUGGAAUGGCAUGGUUGGGGAACUUGUCUAUGGAAGAGCUGACAUAGCUGUUUCUCCACUAACUAUAACACUGGUCCGUGAAGAAGUCAUAGAUUUUUCAAAGCCAUUUAUGAGUCUGGUAAUCUCCAUCAUGAUAAAGAAGCCUCAGAAAUCAAAACCAGGCCUAUUCUCUUUUCUGGAUCCCUUGGCUUAUGAAAUCUGGAUGUGCAUUGUCUUCGCCUACGUUGGUGUCAGUGUAGUUCUUUUCCUGGUCAGUAGAUUCAGCCCUUAUGAAUGGCACUUGGAAGAUAACAAUGAAGAACCUAGCGACCCACAAACCCCUCCUGAUCCUCCAAAUGAAUUUGGAAUAUUUAACAGUCUUCGGUUUUCCUUGGGUGCCUUUAUGCAACAAGGAUGUGAUAUUUCUCCAAGGUUUGUUUCCGUGUCAUUCCCAAUGUGUCCUUGUAUCCUUAUGGCCAUACUCCAUCCCUGUACAUCUGUCAUUCACUCAUCUCAGCUCCAGAUUUCUUCCAUUUAA